AUGGUGAAGGAGGCGUACAGCAAAAAAAUCGGAUACCCCACCAAGACCCGCUGCUCUUCCAAGCGCAGCGCCUGCAGCAGCAGCAGCAGCAGCAGCAGCAGCGGGAGCGGUGGCCGCCCGGCGCAGCGGCGCCGCGCUGCUGCAGCGCAGCAGCAAGGCGGAGUGUCUGUACACCGCAGCAGCUGCGGCGCAGCAGCAACGCGGAGUGUCUGUACAGCGCAGCAGCUGCGGCGCAGCAGCAAGGCGGAGUGUCUGUACACCGCAGCAGCUGCGGCGCAGCAGCAAGGCGGGGUGUCUGUACACCGCAGCAGCUGCGGCGCAGCAGCAAGGCGGAGUGUCUGUACACCGCAGCAGCUGCGGCGCAGCAGCAAGGCGGAGUGUCUGUACACCGCAGCAGCCUCACCGCUUCAAAAAACGCAGAGGCCGAACACCCGCUGCACGCCUGCAGCAGCACGGCGUGCGCGGCUGCGCCGCAGCCACCAGCAGCAGCAGCAGCAGCAGGACGAGCAGCAGGAACAGCAGCAGCAGCAGAACCAGCAGCAGGAACAGCAGCAGCAGCAGAACCAGCAGCAGGGACAGCAGCAGCACCAGCAUUAG